AUGAUAGCGCAAAACGAUGCUGUGAUUUGAAAUCCCUUCGACAACGUCGGUCGAUGCCAACCGGUUGCAGCCGUCGCGUCGGUUGCGGAUUCAGGUCGAGGCGGGAGCAUCGCUAGCACCGGUCAGCAGCACCUCGCUCACCCCCCUCCACCCACUUCCGUCGACUCCGCUGUCGACGUCGGUCUGGCGAAGAGGCCUCAACCGCCGCCGAAGUCCCAACGCGAAUCGCUGAAUCCGUUUGGAGAAGAGGUCCUGGACAAGGAGGCCGCGUAUCCGGAGCACUUGAACCCCUUCUAA